GCGACUGAAACGAGCAUGGAGGGAUAUGGCCGAGAACCUUGCCCCUGGAGGAUUGUGGAUGACUGUGGAGGAGCUUUCACGAUGGGUGCAAUCGGAGGAGGGGUGUUUCAGGCAAUCAAGGGCUUUCGAAAUGCCCCUGCUGGUGUUGGACACAGAUUAAAAGGAAGUGUGAAAGCAGUGAGAGUAAGAGCUCCACACAUUGGAGGUAGCUUUGCUGUGUGGGGCGGGCUCUACUCUACAAUCGACUGUAGUUUAAUUCGCCUGAGAGAGAAAGAGGAUCCAUGGAACUCCAUAACAAGUGGUGCACUGACAGGAGCCAUCUUAGCAGCACGCAAUGGACCAUUAACCAUGAUGGGCUCAGCCAUGAUGGGAGGAAUUUUGCUCGCUCUCAUUGAGGGUUUUAAUAUUCUUCUAACCAGAUCCACAGCACCACAGUUCCAGAAUCCCGUUCCCUUUGCAGAUGAUCCCAGUCAGCUACCUCUAAAGGAAGGAGAUCCUCAUCAGCCUCAGGGGUUAAAGGGGUGGUUUCGCUAGAGAGCAUUAAAAGACUCUGGCAUAAGAUGGACACAGUGAGCCAAACCAGAGCUUUACAAGAAGCCAACACUGCUGUCAGGAGGAUUAGGGGCGGACAUGAUGCCGGUGACAAGUAGCUACACUUUGUUCUCGUACCUACAGGUGCAUCUCAAAAAAUGCUCUUGUCACUCAUUUCAGAAAGUGAAACUCACGUUACAUAGAUUCAUUACACUUAGACUGAAAUAGUUCAAGCCUUUUAUUUGAAAAAAACUCAGUGACUCCAUAAAUUAGGAUAUUCCACAGGCAGCUGUUGGUACCUUUGUCAGUGUGGGCAGGAGCCAAGUCCUUCUGGAAAAUGAAAGCAGCAUCUCCAUGAAGCUGGUCAGCAGAAGGAAGCAUGAUGUCUCUAAAAUGUCCUGCUAGAUUCUGUGGACUGUGGACUUCAGA